AAUAGGGGACCUUUAAUGGUAAAUAUAAAAUAUGUGAGGUUUUGGGUUAAAUUAUAAGAUCAUCAGUCAUAUUCACAGAUACAGAUAUAUUAAUGUUCAUUAUUAUUUAUCUUAUAUUUAAAUAUAAGGUGUAGGUUAAUGUACUUCCGGCAGAGGCGGCAGUGUUUAGUCCAACAGUAAAACCACAGAAGAAGCAGCAGCGCAUGCGCAGUGUGUUUCCAAGAGAAUAUGUCUAUCGACUUGGAGCUGAAGAAGGCCUUCUCGGAGCUGCAGGUGAAGAUGCUCGACACGCAGCAGAAGGCGAAGUUGUCCGACCUGCAGAUCGAGCAGCUGAUGCGCGUCCAGAAACUCGCUAAGCUAACCAAUGCUGAGAUCUCCACGCUGUCCGACAACACGCGACUCUAUGAGGGAGUGGGACGCAUGUUCAUUCUUCAAUCGAAGGAGGACAUCAACAAUCAGCUGAUGGACAAACAGAAAACAGCUGACGAGAAAAUUAAAGAGCUGGAGCAAAGGAAGGUGUACCUUGAACGCAGCGUGAAAGAAGCUGAAGACAACAUCCGAGAAAUGCUGCUGUCAAGGAGAAACACUGCUCAAUAGCGCACACACACACACACACACACACACACACACACACACACACACACACACACACACACACACCUACCUACCUACCUACCUACCUGUGGAUCAGUCUGAUGGAUGUUGGUAAUAAAGUGUUUAAUCUUCA